UGCCUAUGGGUAUUAAUGUCCUUUUCUGGUUGCACUGUUUAUGCAGCAUCGGUACUGGUAUCUACAGCGAUUGGUUUUGAUGAAAGAAUGUUGCUCCACAGUGAGAUGGAAACUAAACCAAAUCCACAUCCCGAAAGACCCAACCGUCUUCGUGCAAUUGCUGCUAGUCUGGCCGCUGCAGGAAUAUUUCCCUCAAAGUGCGCCUUGGUACCUCCUCGAGAAAUAACUAAGGAGGAACUCGUAAUGGUCCAUACUUCAGAUCACGUCGAAAGCGUAGAGCAGACGAAGAACAUGCUUUACAGUUACUUCACUUCGGAUACUUACGCAAAUGGACACUCGGCAUGUGCUGCCAAACUUGCAGCAGGUUUAUGUGCUGAUCUUGCUAGUUUGAUAGUGUCUGGGCGUGUCCGGAAUGGCUUUGCACUGGUGAGACCUCCUGGGCAUCAUGCUGGGGUAAAGCAAGCCAUGGGCUUUUGUCUUCACAACAAUGCAGCAGUGGCUGCAUUAGCUGCACAAAAAGCAGGCGCCAAGAAAGUCUUGAUAGUUGACUGGGAUGUGCACCAUGGCAAUGGCACACAGGAAAUAUUUGAAGGGAAUAAAUCAAUUUUGUACAUAUCAUUGCAUCGCCAUGAGGAUGGAAGUUUCUACCCUGGAACUGGAGCAGCAGACGAGGUGGGAGUUCUGGAUGGUAAAGGAUUCUCGGUAAAUAUACCUUGGAGUUGUGGUGGUGUCGGAGACAAUGACUACAUCUUUGCAUUUCAGCAUGUGGUGCUUCCAAUAGCUACAGAAUUUGCCCCAGAUAUCACCAUUAUAUCUGCAGGAUUUGAUGCAGCAAGGGGUGAUCCUCUGGGUUGUUGCGAUGUCACUCCUGCUGGAUACUCUCAGAUGACGUCCAUGUUAACUGCUUGCUCAGAAGGAAAAUUGUUGGUUAUACUUGAGGGAGGAUACAAUCUUCGGUCUAUAUCCUCAUCGGCAACUGAAGUUGUCAAGGUCCUACUCGCGGACGGUCCAAGUUAUGGCACAGAUGCAGCCGCACCAUCAAAGGAGGGCAUGCAGACUGUCUUACAUGUUCUGGACAUCCAGCGAAAGUAUUGGCCAGUUUUAGUUCCAAUCUUUGCAUCACUUCAAGCGCAGCAGGGGCAGACUUCUUCCAAAUAUGCUAACGCCGAAAACAAGCUGAAGAGAAGGAUGCUUAUGGGAGGACCAGGGCCUGUGUGGUGGAAAUGGGGAAGCAAGAGGCUUUUGUACGAAAUACUGUUUGAGGGCCGCCGUCCAAGAAAGAGCAAGGCGAGAGGAAAAGAAGCUCUGACUGAUGAAACAAAACCCUAGGUUGUUUUAGUUAGUGAGAUGCUGAAGCCGCCUAACUGGCUUUCUGGUCAGUAUAGUUGACAUGGAUAGUGUAGCUGGCUGAUUGGUGUUCGGAAAGUAGAUUACCUUGGCUUGCGUACACCCAGCCGAUUUUUUGACUGAACAAUUGAACGGUGGCCGUUGUCGUUGUUGAUUGUGGACAGAGUUUCACAGGCAGCGAUCCUGUCGUGUAGACAUGUGUUUGGUGUUGUAGCAAUGCAUGAAAUUUACCAUCAGCCGUCCAUGGUAUGAUGGCUCUGGCAGCUUGA